CAGACACCUCCAGCAAUUGAGUGUCCUCUGAGACUUCCUUUAUGUCUUCCAACUAUUUGUUUUGUGGGACCUCUAGCACCUCCUCCAGCUGCACCUCCUAUGGGACCUUAUCUACCUCAUCCAGGUGUCUGUCCUGAGGAGCCUUGAACCUGGACAGUCCGUGGCUGAUGGUCUCUGUAGCUCACAGGUUGUGCUGGCCACACAGAGCUGUGUUCCAAGCUGUCCUGGAGCUGACGCUGGGCAAGGCCUGGACCCUAAAGGACCUGGUGGUCAGUGUGGCCUGCAGCAGUCAGGGCCCCACCAGGGAAGGCAAGAUCAAGAUCUACACUCCAGCUACCACCUACCUCCGGGUUUCCAUGGUGAUGGUCUUGGCACAGAGUCUCUUCCACAGCUGGAGCAAACUCGAGUCAGCCUGGAACACAGCAGUGGAGGGUGAGAUCCAUGCUGAGAACAGCUGGGGCCGUAAGAUCCUGCACUGUUGGUUGAAAGGCCCCCAGCAGGAGCUCAACCUAACAGCGGCCUAGAGGCCUCUGGAGCAGCCGUGGAAGACCCAGGUGUCACUGAUGGCUCUGGGGACCGCUGCCCAUGGCCAGCCUUGGGGCCUGCAGUUGGAAGGCGAGCUGGAGGAGCUGAGGCACCCCUUGCACCUGCCCAUCCCGCAGAGCCUCGUCCUGCUGGGGACCUUCACGGCUGACCAGCGACACCAGCGCUAUUCCCUGGAGACAAGGGUUGUCUUGAACGGCCAAGAGGGAACCCUGCAGACUGUCGUCCUGGGCUACCAGGCCAGACACCCCUAUGUCUGUGCAGGUCUGACGCAUCCAUAUGAUAGCACAGCCAUCCCCAGGAACACAGAGGGGUGCCUGGUUACUUGGAAUCAGCACAAGGCUAAGAAAAGGGAGGUUGAGGCCACUUUGAAAGUCAAGCGGAAAGUUGUACUGCACUUAAAGGGUUUGCAUCACGACAUAUCUCAGCGUGGGGAAAGCCGGCACAGCCUAGCCCUGGACUUGGCCCAUUCCUACCAGCUGAGCUUCCCCCAGGCCCUGAGCUUGGAUGGGGGCAUCAUCUUUAGACAGAGUCCUCCAGGAACGUUCAAUUUUGGCGUGGAUACUCGAGCUGCCAUCAACCACGUCACAUCCCAGGUCUCGGUCCAGCUGAACAGAUCGCACUCCAACUUUGCGUUUUUCUUCCAACUCAGACAUCCCCACAGACCAGCAUUUCCUCCAAACUUCCAGGUGCAGGCAGCUGCCAGGCACUACAGAGUGCGCAGCCUCAAUAGGUUUCUAUCUGUGCGAAUGUCUGGCUGGGAGCUGGUUCUGCUGGAGGUCGACGCCAGCCAGGACACUCGGAGGAGCGGCCGGGCUGGGGCGUGAGUGUCCUUCUCCACCAGGCUGUCUUCAGCGCCCCCAGGGCUGUUCGGCUGCAGCUGUUUGGAAAGAUCACCCCAGCAAGGUAACGGUCUCUAGGUGGCCUGCGACGAGGUGGGGAGACCAUAGAGGGCAAAAGGCACGUGUCUUGGGACAUGGGAAAUCCUCACUCAGAGGCCCCUCUCUGUCCCUCUGAAACCACACCCAAGUCAGCCCCAUCGGUGCCACUGAGGGCGUCAAAAGCAGGUGGCAUUCAGUUUUCCACUUUGACCCUUUCUUUCUUUUUUGUAUUGUUAUGAGAGCGUUGAUUGUAGAUGGCUUAAAGGAUGAUGUGUAAGGGCAGGGCACCAUGGGUCACACCCCAGGGCUUUGGGAGGCUGAGGCAGGAGGAUGGCUUGAGUUCAGGAGUUCCAGGGCAGCUUAUGCAAUACCACGAGACCCCAUCUCCACAAAAAAUUAAAAAAUAUAUUAGCCAGAUGUGGGGUGCACCUGUAGUCCCAGCUCCUCAUGAGGCUGAGGUGGGAAGAUUGUUUGAGCUCAGGAGUUCAAGAGCAGCCUGGACAACAUAGUGAGACCCCAUCUGUACAAAAUAUUUUUAAAAGCCAGAUGUGGUGGCAUGCACCUGUAAUCCCAGCUACUUGGGAGGCUGAGGUGAGAGGAUUGCUUGAGCUUCGGAGUUGGAGGCUGCAGUGAGCUAUGGUUGCACCAUUGCAGUCCAGCCUGGGCGGCAGAGUGAAAUGAGCCUGUUGCUAAAAUAGCAAUAAUAGUAAUAAUGUAAAAAUGAAUGAAACAAAAUCACUAGUGACCCAAAGAACGUGUGUCUCCCUCUGGUCUCACAUCUGAGUAUAUAUUUACAUACAGAUGUGUCCAGUAUGGUGGGGUCCAGGGUUGGCCACUUGGGUUCAGGUCCUGGCUCUGCCACUGCUGCCUCUGGGACCACUCUCCCUUCUGUGCCUCAGUUUCUCCCCCUGCUUCUUAGGGUGGAUGAACUGAGCGCUGCAUGUGAGUUCCAUGCCAGGGCCAGUGGGCAUGCUCAGUGGGUACCCUCUUUGCUGCAGGUGUCAAACGAAAUGCCAGACUUCCCUGCUACUGUCCUCUGGGUGCUCAGACAUGACGCCUGUGUGACCAGGGGCGGGGGGUCUUUUUCCCUAGCAAGCAAUUCUCUGGUGGACACUAACUGGUUGUCCUACAAAUUAACUGAGUUCUGACCCUGGAGGUGGCAUCAGCCCCCUCAGGUAAAGUGUGCAGACUGCCCACAAGCUUAGACACCAUUCCCCUCAGCCUUGCUAGUAGCCGGAUCUACAGGCUCGCCACCACACCUGGCUACAUUUUUGUACUAUUUUUGUAGGAACAGGAUCUUACUAUAUUGCCCAGGCUGGUCUUGAACUCCUGGCCUGAAGCAGUUUUUCUGCCUUAGCCUCCCAAUGUGCCGGGACUACAGGCAUGAGCCACCUUUUAGACAUCAUUAC